UCACUUUUGUUGACGACGUGAAAGUGAUGAAAUGGAAAUUUGGAAAAUCUAUGAAUUCGAACGAAAUAAUAUAAAUAUCUAUUAUUGUUGUUGUAACUGAUCUAAAACCCCAUGUUAUACGGUUAAAUACUCUAUAUAUAAACUAAUACAUCGUUUAUUUGCUGUGAAGUGAAUACAAAGGCUUUUCAGCUCUUUCGAACAAAUUCAAUAAUAUUAUAGUAAACAUAAAGAUUUCAAGACGGCGGGUCGUAGCAGCAACAUGCGAAGAGCCCGAGAAACUUAUGCGUACCAACCGAUACCUCGAGCUCCUACUGAGGAUGUUCUUGAACAUGAAAACGAACGAAUGGCCGAGGAACUUAGUGGAAAAAUAACAACCCUUAAACAUAUGUCAAUUGAAAUUGGCAACGAAGUUCGAUACCAGGAUAAAAUAUUACGUGGCCUAGAUGACGAUGUCGACAGAAGUUCUGGUUUCCUGGGAAAAACUAUGGGCAGAGUUUUGAAGCUUGGUAAAGGGAAUCAUAACUAUUACAUCAUUUACUUAUUCUUGUUCUCUAUUUUUGUAUUCUUUUUGCUUUAUAUAGUUCUGAAGUUCAGGUGAUUUCUGCAAAGUAUACAUGUUUAUUUCAUAUGUUUUCAUUCCCUUUUAUCAUUUAAAUUUGUAAAUAUGUUUAUUAAAUUAUAAUAUUAUAUGAUGUUGUGAAUCAA